UAUACUGAUUUACGUUCAUGUUUUAAUUUACGUUUUAUUUUUAAAACAGUGCGGAGUGUCUUGUUUUGAAAUAAGCAAAAAGUUCUAGACAUCAAGUUUCAGACAUCAACUUAGACAUCGUUUUAGACAUCAAAAUUCGGACAUUAAGUUUUAGAUAUCAAGUUUUAGGCAUCAAGUUUUGAUCAUUAAGUUUCAAACAUCAAGUUUAAACAUCGUUUGGACAUCAAGUUUUAAACAUCAAGAUUUAAACAUCAAGUUUUAAAAAUCAAGUUUUAAACAUCAAGUUAUAUACAGCUCUACACCAUGACGACGGGAGUGACCCCUGGCCUAGAAGACUGGGGAGAUAUUCUGGUCGUUGGACUUUAUUUCGUCUCCGUCCUUCUGGUGGGAUUCUGGUCACUGUGCCGGCCCAACAGGGAGAGCGUCAAAAGUUAUUUCCUCGCUGGGAGGGACAUGCGCUGGUGGCCGGUCGGAGCCUCGCUGUUCAGCAGCAACAUUGGCAGUGAGCACUUUGUUGGCCUGGCAGGGACAGGGGCGGCGGCAGGGAUAGCCAUGGUGCUGUAUGAGUGGAGUUCGAUGUUGUUGGUGAUACUGCUAGCUUGGGUUUUCUUACCUGUCUACGUAUCAGCCGGGGUUUACACCCUACCUGAGUACAUGUCGAAAAGAUUUGGCGGGACGAGGCUAAGAGUCUACCUCAGCUGUCUGUCGUUGGUGUUGUACAUCGUCACAAAGCUUGCUGUCAGUAUCUAUGCUGGAGGUCUGUUCAUCAAACUGGCCCUGGGCUGGGACAUGUACAUCUCUAUCGCUGGUCUUCUGUUGGUCACCGGCCUCUACACAGUCUUAGGUGGCCUGGCUGCAGUAAUUUACACAGACACAUUCCAGACCCUUAUCAUGACGGUUGGCGCCGUCAUCCUGGCUUUUAUAAGUUUCAACAAAAUCGGCGGCUAUAGACAGCUGGAGUACCGGUACAUGAUGGCGGAGCCAGUCAACGACACCAUGGGGUGCGGCAGACCCAGGGAGGACGCCUUCCAUCUGUUCCGUGACCCAGUCAGCUCAGACAACCCCUGGCCCGGGGUCCUCCUGCAGUCCAGCAUAGGGUGUAUGUGGUACUGGUGCUGUGACCAGGUCAUAGUGCAAAGGUCACUGGCCGCCAAGAACUUGAGUCACGCCAAAGCAGGGUCGAUACUAGCCGGGUACCUCAAGCUGACGCCGCUGUUUUUCAUGGUCCUGCCCGGCAUGAUAAGUCGAGCUCUAUACCCAGACGUUGUUGCGUGCACGGACCCAGCUCUGUGUGAGCAGUACUGUGAAAACCCAGUCGGCUGCUCAAACGUCGCCUACCCUAAGCUCGUCCUUGAACUUAUGCCUGUAGGUCUAAAAGGUUUGCUGAUUGCUGUCAUGCUGUCGGCCAUCAUGUCGUCCUUGACCUCCAUAUUUAACUCGGCCGCGACCUUGUUUACCAUGGAUCUAUGGAGAAGAUUUAGGUCAAGGCCGUCGGAACGGGAACUGCUUAUUGUGGGGAGGCUUUUUGUUUUGUUGCUGUGUGGAGUAGCCAUUUUGUGGAUUCCAAUGGUUAGGUCAUCGCAGGGCGGGCAACUCUUCAAUUACAUUCAGGCGGUGCAGGGUUAUCUCGGCACGCCGAUUGGCGCGCUCUUCCUGGCGGCCAUUUUGUGGAAACGAAUGAAUGAAAGAGGUGCUUUCUAUGGAAUACUGAUUGGCCAUGCCUGUGGAAUAUCUCGAAUGGUGAUUGACUUCAUGUAUCCUGCCCCAGGCUGUGGCGAAGAAGACACUCGCCCAGUCAUCCUCAGCGCCGUUCACUACACCUACUUCGGCAGUUUGAGCCUCGUUGUCACCACACUGGCUAUAAUUAUCUUUUCCUUCACGGCGCCUGCGCAAACCGAAGACGAGUUGUACGGCGUCACGUGGUGGACGAGAGUUGACGUCAUCGACAAGUCGUCAGCGGUGGAGUCAUCUAUACCCCAAGAUUCCAGAACCUUCCACGUCUCCGAGCCCGCCCCACAACACAGCAAAUGCGACAGGUUCUUGAACACGGUAUGCGGCGUGCCGUUCUCUAACGCCAAAUCCAGCGAGACGGCAGAAAUAACGGUCAAACAGGCAAAGGCUUUCCUGGCACAAGACCAGACGUCGAGGAACGUUUUGGAUAUUAACGCGGCCAUAGGCCUGGCUGUAAUGGCUUUUCUGAUUGGUUACUUUCAUUAAUCGGAUUUUUGUAAACAUGGUGUCUGUUUGGUGAUUCAUGACACACAUCAAUUUCAGAGGCGUAGCGACCCUUCCCGGCGCCCGGGGGCAAACUUUCAAUUUGGCGUCCCUCCU